GUGUUCGUGCUUGUGGCCAAGACAAAGAGGACGUAAAUUCUUUAAAUCCCUGAAGGAAACCACAACAUCAUGCAAAAAUCCUGCAAAGAAAAUGAAGGAAAGCCCAAGUGCAGCGUGCCAAAGAGGGAGGAAGAACGCCCCUAUGGAGAAUUCGAACGCCAGCAAACAGAAGGGAAUUUUAGGCAAAGGUUGCUUCAGUCUCUCGAGGAAUUUAAAGAGGACAUAGACUAUAGGCAUUUUAAGGAUGAAGAAAUGACAAGAGAGGGAGACGAGAUGGAAAGGUGUUUGGAAGAGAUAAGGGGUCUGAGAAAGAAAUUUAGGGCUCUGCAUUCUAACCAUAGGCAUUCUCGGGACCGUCCUUAUCCCAUUUAAUGUAUUUCUCCCCUGAAUUCAACUAUUUUCUGUUAUUAAUAUUGCAACAUUGGUUCCUUUUGUCUGCGUUUUCUUGCUAAAUAUUUGCUACUAUUUUAUUCCAAUCCUUCAGUGUUCCUUUGAUUUACAUAUGACUCGUUACCAUUUCAUCUUUUAACCCAAUCUCACUCAUUUAAUAGGAUUGUUUCAUUCGUUUGCAUGGGAAGAUGCUCAUUGUAUAUUGUAAAGUGAAAAUAAUA